AACCUCACGUUCGAUCUUGAGUUUUCUGACUUUCUAUUUUUACUUGUUCAUGGUAUUUUUAUACACAUUUUCAAUAAUUUCACCACACACAUAUUCUGUCUGUUUUUCUCUUGUUUAAGAUCAACAGGAACACAUAAUCUAAAAAAAAUGCUGUUUUCUCCAGAUUGAAAUUUUCAUUUCAUGGUCUCACUCACCUGAACUGUCUUCUACCUUCAUUUCUCAGCUAGUUCUUGCUGUUGCCUCUACUCAAAGUAAAAGAAAAUUGACUCUUGCUCUUUCUGCCCCCUUUUUUACCCAGAAAACUGCUGCAGCAUAUGACACCUUGCUGAACAAGCUGCAGCCUGAAGCGCUGCCAUCCCUAAAUUCCCUAAAACUAAAAUUCCCUAUUGCCACCCUGUGCCUGGGACAGUCCUGUUUGUUGCUCACAAAAAGGCUUUGUGCACCCCAGACUGGAGGCCUGGAGCAGCACCCCACCAUGCCAGAGCUGAGCAGGACCUCGUUCCUCUGCUAGAAAAUUGUUGUGGAAGGCAGUGUGGCACACAUCACCUCCUCCACCUCUUCUUGAGCAAUAAUUCUAUUUUAAUAUCCUGACUGAAUAUUACCACAAGCCACCUUCCUCACAAGCCACCUUCCUCUCAGGCAUCCACAUUCACUUUUGGGCUGGAUUGAACCACUCCUGGCAGAAGUGACAGUACUCAUAGACACAGGUAACCUGGACCCUUAGACCCUUAUUCCUUGAGGAGGUGAGCCUUGCUUAUUUUCCAGCAAUGUGGUAGAUGGGGUUCACCCUUGUUCUCCAGUAAUGAAAUCUCCUGUGCAUUGUUUAAUUCCUCUGAAGUGUAAUGUAGCACUUUGCCUCCCAGCAAUACACUGACCCAAACCUGCUGUUUUGCAGUGUUGUGGCUUCAUUGAUGUGAUACAACUCCUGUUUCUCACAGCUGUAAUUCUCCCCUUUUCUCCACUGAUAGUAAUGAGGGAAAUAUUUCUACCUUCCCAGUUUGCUUGGGUUUUGUUUGAUGUGUGUUUUUGAUUUUGUCUGCAGGGCUUCCCACAUUUCCUCAGAGUGCAUCAAUUCAGCAAUUCCAAACAGAAGCUCUCCAGAUGAGAGAGGCAUGUUUUCCUGACGUGGCUCUUACUAGCAAGAAACAAAGACCAUAGACCUUGCCAGUUCAGUUCAAACCCUGAACUAAAACAUCCAGGAUUGGUGGUUCCCUUAGAGAACAGCUCUUAUAAGAGCUGCUAUAGACCCAUGUAGUAGUAGUGAGAGAACUAAAAGAGCAGUUUUACCUCACUAUUUUUGUUUUGGCCAUCGAGUCCUUUUGCGAAUAAUGCACCUCUGCUAGUGCUGGGAGCUGGGAGAGCAGAAAUAAUAAGAUGGUCACCUUGUUAGCCAAGGAUUAGGCCCAAGCAGUAUAUAUUUAAUUAGACUUUAAAGAGCUUAUUUCAAUGUUAGGAGAUGCACUCCUUCCCUGUUGCAGCUGCCUCAAUAGAAUUGUUUCAGUUCUGUUUAUCAAGAGAAAGGAGAGCAUUUUCAGAUAUUGUGAGUACUCAGUUUUUGUUUGCAGUUAGAUUAAGAAGAGGAAAGUUGUCCCAAAGCUCUUGUAGAGGUCAUCUAAUCUCUUUGGUCAGAGAAGAUCUGUCCUCCCACAGACUCACCUUCAGCAUUAUAAAGGAAUACAUCUUCCUGAUGACAAGCCCUUCUUUGCAGGGAUACCUCAAACUUGGUUAAUCCAGAAGCAGAAUCUUCUAUUACAAAAAUUUAAGAGACUCAUGAGAAAUUAGAGUGCUGCUUGCACAUCUUUGGACUACUACUUACCCACAAGAUCCAGGGCAUUCACAAUGAGCAUUAGUGAAGACGAUGUGGAGAAGUUUCUUGAUGGCAACCCUGCUUUUGCCAAACAGUAUUUUGAGAAGAAACUAAAAGCAGAGUCCUGGGAUAACAAUGAGAGUGAAAUACUGUUUGAAUUGAUCCAAGACAUGCAAGAAAGCAUCAACAUGGAGAAAGUUGUUUUCAAGACCUUGAGAAGAAUCAGGUCCCUUAUUCACGCUGACCGCUGCAGUCUCUUCAUGUACAGGCAGAGAAAUGGCACUCCUGAACUGGCGACAAGGCUUUUCAACAUCCAAGAAGGAAGUACUCUGGAGGAAUGCCUGGUCUCCCCAGACUGUGAGAUUGUCUAUCCACUGGACAUAGGCAUUGUGGGCCAUGUUGCUCAGACCAAGAAAACCAUGAACAUCAAGGAUGUCCGUGAGUGUGCCCAGUUCAGCCCAUUUGUUGAUGAGCUCACUGACUACACUACAAAAAACAUCCUUGCAACACCCAUCUUGAAUGGCAAAGACUUGGUUGCUGUCAUUGUGGCUAUAAAUAAGCUGAAUGGCCCACACUUCACCAGCUCUGAUGAAACACUUUUUCUGAAGUAUCUGAAUUUUGCAUCCUUGAACUUGAAAAUUUAUCACUUGAGUUAUCUUCACAACUGUGAGACUCGAAGAGGCCAGGUGCUGUUGUGGUCAGCUAAUAAGGUUUUUGAGGAGCUGACGGACAUCGAGAGGCAGUUCCACAAGGCUUUUUAUACAGUGAGGGCAUACCUGAACUGUGACCGAUACUCGGUCGGCCUCCUGGACAUGACAAAGCAGAAGGAAUUUUUUGACCUGUGGCCAGUCCUGUUGGGAGAAGUACCUCCCUACUCAGGACCUCGAACCCCAGAUGGCAGGGAAAUAGUCUUUUACAAGGUCAUUGAUUAUAUAUUACAUGGAAAAGAAGACAUUAAAGUCAUCCCAAAUCCUACCCCGGAUCACUGGGCACUAGUUACUGGACUGCCAGCCUAUGUAGCUGAAAGUGGAUUUAUUUGCAACAUUAUGAAUGCUGCUGCAGAUGAGAUGUUUAACUUUCAGGAAGGUCCUCUAGAUGAAUCAGGAUGGACUAUCAAAAAUGUUCUCUCCAUGCCAAUAGUGAAUAAAAGGGAAGAAAUUGUUGGUGUUGUCACAUUUUAUAACAGAAAAGAUGGGAAACCAUUUGAUGAGCAGGAUGAAACCCUCAUGGAGUCCUUGACACAGUUCCUGGGUUGGUCUGUACUCAACACAGACACAUAUGAUAAGAUGAACAAGCUGGAGAACCGUAAGGACAUUGCUCAGGACAUGGUGCUCUACCACGUGAAAUGUGACAAGGAUGAAAUCCAGGAAAUUCUGCCGACGCGAGAGAAACUGGGGAAGGAGCCAAGUGAGUGUGACGAAGAGGAGCUGGCAAGCAUUCUGAAAGAAGAACUCCCGGGACCCACUAAGUUCGAAAUCUAUGAGUUCAGGUUCUCUGAUUUUGACUGCACUGAGCUAGAGCUGGUGAAGUGUGGCAUUCAGAUGUACUACGAGCUUGGCGUGGUGAAAAAGUUCCAGAUCCCACAGGAGGUUCUGGUAAGGUUUGUGUACUCUGUCAGCAAAGGCUACCGGAAGAUAACUUACCACAACUGGCGGCACGGCUUCAAUGUUGCACAGACCAUGUUCACGCUCCUGAUGACUGGCAAACUGAAGCGUUACUACACUGACCUUGAAGCCCUUGCAAUGGUAACUGCUGCUCUGUGCCAUGAUAUUGACCACAGGGGAACCAACAACCUCUACCAAAUGAAAUCUCAAAAUCCUUUAGCUAAACUUCAUGGAUCCUCUAUUUUAGAGAGACAUCACCUGGAAUUCGGAAAAUUCUUGCUCUCUGAGGAGUCACUGAAUAUAUGUCAGAACCUGAACCGCAGACAGCAUGAGCAUGUGAUUCACCUGAUGGAAAUUGCCAUUAUAGCAACAGACCUGGCACUCUACUUCAAAAAGAGAACAAUGUUUCAAAAGAUCGUUGAUGAGUCUAAGACAUACGACAGCGUGACUGCCUGGACUGAGUAUCUGUCUCUGGAGACAACAAAGAAGGAGGUUGUCAUGGCCAUGAUGAUGACUGCCUGUGACUUGUCAGCUAUCACAAAGCCUUGGGAAGUCCAGAGUAAGGUAGCUCUACUGGUAGCAGCUGAGUUCUGGGAGCAAGGAGAUUUGGAAAUAAGCGUCCUUCAGCAACAGCCCAUUCCUAUGAUGGACCGAAGGAAAGCUGCUGAGCUUCCAAAGCUUCAAGUGGGUUUCAUCGACUUUGUGUGCACAUUUGUCUAUAAGGAAUUUUCCCGUUUCCAUGAGGAAAUACAGCCUAUGCUUGAUGGGCUGCUGAACAACAGAAAUGAGUGGAAGACUCGUGCUGAUGAGUAUGAUGCAAAAAUGAAAGCUCUAGAGGAAGAAAAGAAAAAAGAGGAAGAGAGAAUGGCUGCAAAGAGAGGUGAAAUAACCUGUAAUGGAGGAACAGCUCCAGCUUCCAAAACCUGUAGCAUACUUUAGACCUAUUCCCACUGCAAAACAUGCCACUCAAAAUGAGAAUGUCCAUAAUUAAAAAAAAAAACAAAAACAGAACAAAACAAAACCAAAAACCAAGCCAAACCAAAACCAAAAACGAAAAAGCAAACAAACAAACAAACAAAAAUGGCAUACAAAUACAUUCCUGAUUGGACUAUUCUGAUAAUUUAUUAGGCUUGUCAUCAACCAGGGAAGGACUAGAUCUUGUUUGCCUUAAUUGUAUCUCCUCCUGAUGGUAGGGAGUUAGUUCUGGCCUGUCUCCUGUUCUUCCAUUUAAUGCACCUGAUGUCAGAUGGCAUGUGACAAGUCAGAACAACAUUUGGCCCGAUAAAUCAGGUUGCAAGAUUAUGGAAAAGCGUUUUUCCUGCACUGAAACACUUCUUAUCCCAAAGCUGAUGGGGAUAGUCCUGCUCCAUGCAACCUCAUGAGACUGACAGAGAAUGCAAUCAUAGCCUGCACAGUGGGAAAAAUGAAGAAGAGAUAAAGUUACCAUAUCUAAGUCUGUAUCUGCCAAGAUAUCAGAAGGAAAACUGAGGGUAAGGAUAAAGCAUGAAAACUGACCACGGUAAACUUCUGAACUGCCCUAAAAUGUUAUGAUUCCAUGUAAAUCCAAAAAACACUCUGACAAAUAAUAGAUCUGCAUUCACUUCAAGAAUCUGGGUAGGUUGCUAUUCCAAAGCAUGGAGCCAUUCAUGCAACACACAGUAGCUGCCUUCUCUGGGAGCAGGAUCCACUCUGUGUGGUAAUUGAAGAUUCAUUCCUUCAUGUCUCAUUUUGAGAUGAUAGUGUUAUCAUUACCCAUUACAUUUCCUCUUACAAUUAACCAAGUAACCUGAGUAGUGACAUCUCAUAAAAUUGUUCUGUUUUGCCUCAUAAUGCCAGUUACACAACUGAUGAGAACCAACUGUCCUUCCUUUCCUCCUUGUGUUCUGAGAUGUCUGGUUUUUAGAUUAUACUCCAGACUUGUGGCUCUUAUUUCAGAUGAAAGUUACUUUUCAUGUUUAUUCAUGCAAAAAUAGAACACUCAAUUACUCAGUUUUGUAGUAGUAGAGACACCCUCAUGUCCUGCUUUCCUCCCCUCCCCCUCUUUCUUUCUAAAAAUUGUUUGGAGAUCUGUUUUGCUGGGGAUUUUCUUCUUCUAUUACUCCUACUACCUUCAGGGUUUUACCCUUCAGUGUAUUGUUUUGCAUUAAAAAUACUGCAAGUAAAAAGAAAACUAGA